AUGUUUACCGAUACUCCCAACGGCACUUUCCUCGUCCUCGCCCCUCAAUCCCACACCGCCGCCCAGCUCAACAUGUCCACCUCGAAGCCCGCCGUGGCCGAUGUCCCCGCCGAUGCUGAGGCCCAAACCACCGACAUCGAGCUCGUCGGCAAGACUCAGCGCUCCGGAAGCAACCCCUUCAUUCCCGCUGUCGGCGCAAAGGGCCUGACCUUCCUCAGACUCGGCCCUUGA